GUUCGUGCGUGUGUGAAGAGAGAGAGAGAGAGAGAGAGAACGAGAGCAGCUGCAGCUUGAAACAUGUUUACCGAGGAGGGCAUCUUUCCCAUAGGCGAUGGCCUGCUGGACGUUGAUGCCAAACGCUUGAAGGGAUUACUUGUGUCGCAUGACAUCAACGAGAUCUACGAGGUGGAACAGACGCCGUUUGCCAGAGGCAAAUUUGCGGCUGUUCGCCGGGCGGUACACAAGAAUACCGGUUUGCAUUUCGCUGCCAAAUUCCUGAAGCGACGCCGACGCGCCCAGAGCAGCGACAAGGAGAUCAAGCACGAGAUUGCCGUCCUAAUGCUAUGCGAGGGCGAGGACAACAUUGUCAAUCUGAAUGCGGUGCAUGAGACGCGUUCCGACACGGCCCUGCUGCUGGAGCUGGCCACUGGCGGCGAGCUGCAAACGAUACUGGACAACGAGGAGUGCCUCAGCGAGGCGCAGGCGCGCCACUGCAUGCGGGAAGUGCUGAAGGCUCUCAAGUUCUUGCAUGACCGUUCCAUAGCGCAUUUGGAUCUGAAGCCGCAGAACAUCUUGUUAGCCGGCGAACGCAUUGAGGAUGGCCUCAAGCUGUGCGACUUUGGAAUCUCGCGCGUCGUCUGCGAGGGCAUCAAUGUGCGCGAAAUGGCCGGCACUCCGGAUUAUGUGGCACCGGAGGUUCUCCAAUAUGAGCCCUUGUCGCUGCUCACGGACAUUUGGUCGGUGGGCGUGUUGGCCUAUGUGCUGCUAUCGGGCUUCUCGCCCUUUGGCGGCGACACCAAGCAGGAGACCUUCCUCAAUAUCUCACAGUGCGCUCUGACCUUUCCCGACAAUCUCUUUGGCGGCGUCUCCCAGGCGGCAAUUGAUUUCAUACGCCGCGCAUUGCGAAUUAAGCCAAACGAUCGCAUGAAUGCCGCCGGCUGCCUUGAGCAUGUCUGGCUGAAGGAUGAGUGCUCUUUACACAGACAAAUCUAUUUGCAAGCACAGAACGAUGCCGACUUUGUGCAGGAUGAUGAGGAUGAAGACGAUGAGGACGACGAUGAGGAGGAAGAUGAUGAGGAAGAGGCACAGAACGUUUCACAGCAACAGCAGCAACAACAGCAACAACAACAAAACAGCACAACAGCAGCAGCAACCACAACAGCAGCAGCAACAGCAACAACAGCCAGCAAAGCCACUCACAACGGGCAUAGAGCACACUCCAGCUCGAGAAUUCCAAUUGCCACUAGCCACAAGCUGAGCCCCAGCACAGAGACAACAACAGCCAUACACACACUGCCCCAAGCACUGACCAUGUCGCUGGCGACAAGCACGACUGCUACUGCUAGUGCAUCGACGAAGCCCACACAGAUUGUGACACCAACGCGACGCGCCUCCGAUUCGGAUAAGGAGAACACAUAUACGGCAACAUUUGUUAAGAAGCCGGUGGCCAGCACGGCCACCAUACAGAUUGGCAGCAAUGGGCUGGAGGAGACGACAGUGAUUGCGACAUUGGCGCUGUUCCCGGAUGCGCCCACCACGCCCAAAGUCAUACGCAAGACGCCCGCUACGGAGGCCAGUUCGGCCACAUCGGUCAAGGCGCUGGUUAAAAAAUUUCAACUGGAGGAGAUCGAAGCACAGCACAGCUCACCCAACAGCACAUUGCCGCACUGCUCCAGCUCCGCCAACAGCAGCCAUGCGUCAGCGAUCCAGACGCAACUACAGCUCCAGCAGCCGCGCAAGUGCUCCAUGCCCAGCGUGUGUGUAUUGCCAGCAACCAGCAGCAGCAGCAGCAGCACCAACGGCAGCAACAUGCGGCGCAGCAUCAGCGGCACUGCCAGCAGUAGCAACAGCCACAGCCACAGCAGCAGCCACGGCGGACGACGUGCCUCAGAGCCGCUAACCGCUGUCCACAAGAAACAGCACAUCAAUAACAACAGCCCAAACUCCAUUUCCAGCAGCAGCAGCAGCAGCAGCAGCUCGGGAUCCACUGCAGCAACUGGAAGCGGCAGCACAGCGCUGCUCUUGAAUGGUAGAUUGCCGCAGGCAGCGCAUCAUUUGCAUCAUCAUCAUAUGCACCACCAUCAUCAUCACCAUCAUCAUCAUGUGGUGAUUGCCGCCAAGAAUGCGGCUGCUGCUGCCACCAACAACCUAAGCUUGGACCAGGGCAUCAUCUGUUAGCUAAGGGCCAGCCGUGCGCG